UAUUUGGGAGAAUACAUUUUAUAGGGACAGAUUGUUUUAAUUUACCGAACCGUAAAAUAUGCAGUUUCUUCUUUGCAGUCUCCGAAUAUAUCUUUAUCCUAGCAUACGCGUUGCCUUAGCUGUUCACAUCAAUUACAUAGCUCACGUAUGUUUUACUUUAUUUUUCAUAAUAGACAAGUCAUUUUGUUUGUUUAGCAAAGGGCAAUGUAGAUAAAUUAGUGACGUGUUUUGUUUUUUUGUUUUUUUAGAUUUAUUUUAUAAAUCCGCUGUAAACUACGGUGAGAUUAGCCUGGUGAAGAGCCUUAGCUUGCGCUUCAUGUUGCUAGGCAACAACAGUCUCGUGAGCGUCUAAUGUAAAGCCUGUAAUUACAUUAGUUCAUUAUUUUAAACUCUUUAGAUGAGAACAAACUAGUUGACAUACCAUUACUCUGUGUAAAUAUGUUGUCAUAUCGAAUGUUCUGCCUAGUUGAAUAUUGCAUUUGGCUGACAGUAGCAAGGAUGCGCGUUUCUGUGGCUUUAUUAUGAAAAAGAUUUUUUUUUUUUUUUUUUGUGAGACUGUUCUGUUUGUGUCCCUGUUUGUAACUCUUACAGAAUAUUUAGACCUUAAACAUGCUGGUCCCCAUCUUUACACUGAAACUCAACCAUAAGAUAAACCCUCGGAUGGUGACAAUUGGUAAAUUUGAUGGAGUGCACCCAUGUCUCACAGCAGCAACACAAGCAGGGAAGGUUUUUAUCCACAACCCCCAUGCGCGUGGACAGAGAUCAGCAGGACACCGCCUGAGCCAAAGCAACCAGGAUUCGGAUGUGUCUCUCCUCAACAUCAACCAAGCAGUUACCUGUUUGACAGCUGGUGCUUUAGGCCCAAACACUACUGGGGACACACUGUUAGUGGGCUCUCAAACCAAUCUGCUGGCCUAUGAUGUUCAUGAUAACGCUGAUGUUUUCUACAGAGAGGUGACAGAUGGUGCUAAUGCCAUUGUCCUGGGCAAACUUGGAGACAUCCCUUCACCUCUCGCCAUCAUUGGAGGAAACUGUGCUCUGCAAGGUUUUGACUUUGAAGGGAAUGACCACUUCUGGACAGUGACUGGAGAUAAUGUCAGAUCACUGGUUCUCUGUGACUUUACUGGAGAUGGGAAAAAUGAGCUCUUAGUAGGAUCUGAAGACUUUGAUAUAAGAGUUUUUAAAGAGGAUGAACUUGUGGCUGAGAUGACUGAAAAUGAGACUGUAACAUCACUGUGUCAUAUGCACGACAGUCGAUUUGGCUAUGCUCUGGCAAAUGGUACUGUGGGUGUUUACGAUCGCAAUUCAAGAUACUGGAGGAUUAAGUCCAAGAAUCAUGCUAUGAGCAUUCACGCUUUUGAUCUUAAUGCUGAUGGAGUAGUUGAGCUCAUAACUGGCUGGUCAAACGGAAAGAUUGAUGCACGGAGUGACAGAACGGGUGAGGUCAUUUUUAAAGACAACUUCUCCUCUUCUGUGGCCGGGGUGGUGGAGGGAGACUACAGGCUGGAUGGGCAGAAACAGCUCAUCUGUACCUCUGUAGAAGGAGAAGUUCGAGGUUACCUCCCUGCAAGUAAAGAACAAAAAGGAAACCUUAUGGACUCUAGUGCUGAGCAGGACCUCAUUAGAGAGCUCAGCCAACGGAGACAGAAUCUCCUUCUUGAACUUCGCAAUUAUGAAGAAAACGCUAAGGGUGUGUCAGAAGCAAACAGUGGCGUGGGUGUGAUUCCAGCCAACACUCAACUUCAGACUGCUCUUUCAGUGCGACCAGCCACAGAGGCUCAGAGGGCCCACAUAGAGCUCAACAUUUCCACACCAAAUGAAACAAUCAUUCGUGCAGUGCUAAUUUUUGCUGAGGGGAUUUUUGAGGGAGAAAGUCACGUGGUUCACCCCAGUGCUCAAAACCUGUCAGGCUGUAUACGAGUUCCUAUUGUCCCUCCAAAGGAUAUACCUGUGGAUCUUCAUAUUAAAGCUUUUGUUGGGGGAAAAACAAGUACCCAGUUCCAUGUGUUUGAAAUCACUCGUCAGCUGCCUCGCUUCUCCAUGUAUGAUCUGACUGACAAGCCCACAGCUGCCCCUCCCUCUGGAUGGGUCAGCUUUAGCAUAAAUGACAGGCCACAAAGGAUUGUGAUGUGGCUGAACCAGAACUUCUUGCUUCCAGAGGGAAUCGACAGUCCAGAUGUAACUUUUCAUUCUCUGAGGACUGGGGGAGUGUUGUCUAUCAGCAAGGCCAGCAACGGACAGAUAAUUUUCAAAACUGAUGACAUUGACCUGGCAGGGGAUCUUGUCCAGUCAUUGGCAUCAUUCUUAGGGAUAGAGGACCUAUCAGCAGAAGCAGACUUCCCUGGAUACUUUGAGGAGCUCCGCACCACACUCUCUGAGGUGGAUGAGUUCCACUCAGUCCAUCAGAAGUUAACUGCAGAUAUGGCUGACCACUCUAACUAUAUCAGGACUAUGUUGGUACAAGCAGAAGAUUCUCGUCUCAUGGGUGAUAUGAUAUCUAUGAAGAAGCGCUACAGAGAGUUAUAUGAUUUAAACAGGGAUCUGAUAAAUGAGUAUAAGAUCCGCUCCAACAAUCACAAUGCUCUACUCUCCUGCCUUAAAUCUGUAAAUCAAGCCAUCCAGAGGGCUGGGAGACUGAGAGUGGGAAAACCCAAGAACCAAGUGAUAUCUGCCUGCCGAGACGCAAUCAAGAGCAACAAUGUCAAUGCACUGUUUAGAAUCAUGAAAGCAGGGACUGCCUCCUCCUGAGAAUGACAUGGUGUUGACACAUAAUCAUAAACUCUACAGCACUGUUGUACAAAGCUAACAUCUAUGUAAAGGCAGGAGGUACAUUUUUGCCUUAAUUAAUUUAUGGUCUCAGAAUACAGAGGUAACACAAAAAAGUCAGCCUCUCAGCCAAUGCAUUAGCUCUCUCUCAUCUCUAUGGUGGAAAUGAAGAGCAGCCAUGCUAAUUAAUGUAUUUUAAGCAGCAAAAACUGAAACUAGCUUGUUUUAUGACUGUCUCAGGGUGAUUCACAGGUAGUACAGUUAUUUUAGUCAUUUGAUUGGUUUUGCAUAGGCGCUAAAUUCAAUAGCUCAUUACUUGUAUUGUAUUCAUACACUGCCAUCUGCAGUGACCUGUGUUCAUUGUGUUGGAAUCUAACCUGCAGAUAUGUAGAUAUAUGCAUAUGUGGUCCAGGUGGGGCUGCAGUGUUUGGAGUAAUGUUUGGAGAGAAUGACACAGUGUCAGGACUGUUUAAUCCAUCUGACAUAGUGAUGUUUAGAGAGAGAACAGCUGGAUAGUCAGGAAGGGCCCAGUGUCAGCCUCAGAUGUUGUCUAUAGCCAAAGAAGCACGUUUUUAAGGAUGUGGACUGUGUUUGUACAUUUUUAGAUA